AUGUUAGUUGGUGUUGUUCUUGGUAUUUUCCUUGUUGUUCUUUUUAUUGUUGAUGUUGUUAUUUUUGUUAUUGUUGUUGUUGUUUUUCCUGUUGUUCUCGUUGUUAUUCUUGUUGUUCUUGUUGUUGAUAAAGGGUUUCUAAGAAAGAAAGAGUUUAUAGAAUGCACAACUAAGCAUGAAGUAUAUGUUAGAAGAAGCAUGAGUGAACUGAUUAAACUAUAUCUCUAUGUCGAUGACCUGUUCACAACAAGUAGCUGCAAGAAGGAGAUCGAAGAAUUCAAAGAUGAUAUGAGCAAGGAGUUCGAAAUUUCUGACCUGGGAAACAUUUUGUAUUUUCUUAGUAUAGAAUUCUACAAGAGUAGUAGAGGAUUGAUGUUGCACCAAAGAACAUAUGCAAGUGAGAUACUCAAAAUAUUUGAGAUGGAAGGAUGUAAUGUAACCUCGAAACCAGUUGAAACUAGAUUGCAACUGACAAAGGACCCAGAUGAAAAUAAAGUCGACCCAACUCAGUAUAGAAGACUCAUUGGAUUGUUAAGAAGCCUUUGUCACACAAUACCUGAUCUAGCAUACAAUGUAGUAGAUGAAGCAAAAGAAUGCAAACUAGUGGGUUACAUUGACUUGAGUUGGUGUGGUGAUUUUAAGGAUAGAAAAUCCACAACUGGUUAUGUGUUUAUGUUAGGUGGUGCAUCAAUUUCUUGGAACUCAAGGAAGGAACCAGUAGUAUCCUUGUCAUCAUGUGAGGCUGAAUAUAUAAUCGCCUCUCUUUGUGAGUGUCAAGCAACAUGGAUGGUGAAUUUUAUCGAUGAAAUUACAAGGAAAAAUCACAGGGCUAGCAAUAACCAUGUGGAAUACGAAGCUUUGAUUGCAGGAAUAAGAUUGGUAAAGGAGGUUGGAGUAACACAUUUGCUUGUUCAAAUUGGUUCUUAG